AUGCGGGCGCCAGAGUUUGAUCUUGAUACUGCCUCUUCCUUUAGUGCUUCUACAGCAAGUACGGCGGGUUCUACAAGUACUUCUAGGUGCUGCAAUAAUGUGAGUAAAGGUGGUUGUAGCUGUCUUCCGACUUCGAUAAACGAGUUCAAUGAGGCAUUAAAUCGUUUUUAUGUUUAUCAACGUUUAUUGGGUAGGAUAAUCGUUAUCAGCAUCAGCUACAUGAUUUUGGCGCCUCUGAUAGCUUAUAUAUUUAUGGAUGGUAUUGUUGCUAUAAUUUUCUGUUUCAUUAAUGUGUUCGCUGGUAUAAAUGCAAUUCGGGGCUGUUACAAGCAGAAAAUCUCGAUGAUAUAUCCAGCAUUGGUGCUGCAUAUAUUCUAUUUCACCCUCUCAUUGACGGGCUUUGUUAUAACUUUAUUUUGUAUGCGCAAUACCACAUACUGUACCACGUUAACUGAAAAUCCUUUGAUUCGACAAAUAUUGGAAAUACUGUUCUCGUUUGGCUUUACCAAGUGGCCGAAGUUACUUUUGGUAUUAAGGUUGUGGUGCAUAAUCAUAAGAUUUAAGAAUGCUUUUCGUAUCUGGACAUUGAUUAAAAUGAUGCCUGAAUAUAGCUAUGAACUUCACAAUAUCGCUUUUGACGUUUUAAGCUUAAAUCCACACCCGAAUAACAUGGAAUUAAUGAAACAUCUAGGAUUGCAUGUUCGAGCACAAGAGUCUAAAAAGUCUCGCUAG